ACUUAUUAAUGAAAAUGCAAUCUUUUAUUAACACCCUCUCUCAUCCCACCUUUCUCCUCCCCUCCCCGCACCCCCAACGCUGUAUUACUUCUGUCCACACUACUUCCGCCCACACCACUGCCCGCGGGUUCUUUCCAUGUCCUCCUCGAUCUCCCUUCGCCUCGCCUUUCCGGUCUACGUCGCUCAAGAGUUUCCCAACCUUUGUCUCUUCCGUUCUUUCCACCGCAACUUCCAACUCUUCCGGUGUUGAAGCAGCAGAGUUUAUAGAAGCAUCAAAACAUGGUAACUUGGUCCCCCUUUCUCGAUGCAUUUUUGGCGAUCAACUUGACCCAAUUCUAGCAUAUCGUCGUCUAGUCAAAGAAAAUGAUUGGGAUUCUCCAAGCUUUCUUUUCGAGUCCGUCGAGUCUAAUUCUCAGGGUCGUUAUAGUGUGCUGGGAGCUCAACCAACUAUGGAAAUAGUGGCAAAGGAGAAUAAAAUCACUAUUUUAGAUCACAAGAAAGGGAGAUUGACUGAGGAAUUUGUUGAUGAUCCAUUCAUGGUUCCAAUCAAAAUCUCAGAGAAAUGGAAACCUAAAUCAAUUGGUGGACUUCCAGACACAUUUUGUGGUGGAUGGGUAGGUUAUUUCUCGUACGAUACAAUGCGAUACGUGGAGAGCAAAAAACUGCCAUUCUCAGGAGCUCCUAAGGAUGACAGAAAUCUUGCUGACUUUCAUCUAGGUCUCUAUGACGAGGUUGUUGUGUUUGAUCAUGUUGAAAAGAAAGUCAGUAUAAUACUUUGGGUGGAGCUUGAUGGAUUUUUGUCAGUGGAGAAUGCUUAUGAAGAUGGAGUAAAGCGUUUGGACAUUCUAGCAAAGAAAUUUCAAGAUGGUGACCAUCCAAGGCUGAGUCCAGGUUUUGUCAACUUGAAUACUCGGCAAUUCGGUCCGUCCUUGAAGAAAUCAAACAUGACUAGUGACUCAUACAAAGCAGCCGUGCUUCGGGCAAAAGAACAUAUUCUUGCAGGAGAUAUCUUCCAGAUAGUUCUAAGUCAGCGUUUUGAGUAUCGGACUUUUGCCAAUCCUUUUGAAAUCUAUAGAGCAUUGAGAAUUGUCAAUCCGAGUCCAUAUAUGGCUUACUUGCAAGCUAGAGGUUGCACAUUGGUUGGUUCUAGUCCUGAAAUUCUUACUCGUGUUAAAAAGAAUAAGAUUGUAAAUCGCCCAUUGGCUGGAACAGUUCGACGAGGGAAGACAGAAAAAGAAGAUGAAAUGUUGGAGAAGCAGUUACUGGAUGAUGCAAAACAGUGUGCAGAACACAUCAUGCUGGUUGAUUUAGCUCGGAAUGAUGUUGGAAAGGUGUCAAAAAAUAGCUCGGUGAAGGUGGAAAAACUUAUGAAUAUCGAACGGUAUUCGCAUGUAAUGCACAUAAGCUCCACGGUAACAGGAGAGUUACAUGACCAUCUAACAAGCUGGGAUGCCUUGCAAGCUGCAUUACCCGUUGGAACCGUUAGCGGAGCGCCCAAGGUCAAGGCCAUGGAGUUAAUCGAUGAAUUGGAGACAACAAGACGAGGCCCAUAUAGUGGUGGAUUUGGUACUGUGUCUUUUAAUGGUGAUAUGGACAUAGCACUGGCUCUUCGAACUAUUGUAUUUCCAACAUCAGCUCAUUACGACACAAUGUACUCAUACAAGGAUGUGAACCAGCGUCGGGAAUGGAUUGCUCAUCUUCAAGCUGGUGCUGGGAUAGUGGCUGAUAGUAGUCCUGAAGAUGAACAUCAAGAAUGCCAAAACAAAGCUGCUGCUCUUGCUCGUGCCAUUGCCUUGGCAGAGUCCGCUUUUGUUAAUAAGUGAUCACUCUUGAGCUUGGUCUCUUGUCAUUAUAACGAAAGAAUUGUGGCAUAAGAGAUAUUAAUCAGUGUUUUUUUAUGACAAGUUCACAAAUCAUAAUUAUGUUCUAAAACAGAGUUUGAUGCGAUUCUAAACUUUUUUAUACUAGCAAUCUCAAACUCUGUACACUCAAACUAUUUGUUUCACAAGCUAGCUUAGCCUUCCAACAAAUGUAAGGAAGAUCAAACCUUCAGUUCA